CAUGUGGGGGGGAGGGGUGUGCGGGCGCGUCCCCUCCCCCGCGCGCCCGGGACGAGCCCGGCUGGCGGGUCAGAGCAGAAGUCCCGGCGGGGGAGAAGCUUCCAGAGAGCCCCAGGGGCGGUGCGGCCGCGCGGUGCGGGCUCCGGCUCGGCGCUCUGGCAGCACCGACAUGGGGUCGGCGGGGCCGGGAGCCGGCGGCCCGCGGCCCGUCACGGCGGGGAGGAGGAGCCAGAUGGCUGAGAGCUAGCAAGAAAAAUUCAGGACCAUGAUGGCUCAGUUUCCUAGCGCAAUGAACGGAGGGCCCAACAUGUGGGCUAUUACGUCUGAAGAACGCACCAAGCAUGAUAAGCAGUUUGAGAGCCUCAAACCCUUGGGAGGUUACAUAACAGGUGAUCAGGCUCGGACAUUUUUCUUCCAGUCAGGCCUGCCAGCUCCCAUUUUAGCUGAAAUAUGGGCUUUAUCAGACCUGAACAAGGAUGGAAAGAUGGAUCAACAAGAGUUCUCCAUAGCUAUGAAACUCAUCAAGCUGAAGCUUCAAGGCCAGCAGCUUCCUGUGGUUCUCCCUCCUAUAAUGAAACAGCCUCCCAUGUUCUCUCCAUUGCUCUCUGCCCGUUUUGGAAUGGGAAGCAUGCCCAACCUGUCCAUUCCCCAGCCAUUGCCUCCGGUUGCACCUCUAGCAGCACCCCUGUCUGCUGUGACUUCAGGGACCACGCUUCCUCCCCUGAUGAUGCCUGCUCCCCUAGUGCCUUCUGUUAGCACCUCUUCAUUACCGAACGGAACCGCCAGUCUCGUCCAGCCUCUGUCCAUUCCUUACUCUUCUUCAACAUUGCCUCAUACGUCAUCUUACAGUCUGAUGGGAGGAUUCGGUGGUGCUAGUAUACAGAAAGCCCAGUCACUGAUUGAUUUAGGAUCUAGUAGCUCAACUUCCUCCACUGCUUCACUCUCAGGGAACUCGCCCAAGACUGGACCCUCAGAGUGGGCAGUUCCUCAGCCAUCGAGAUUAAAAUACCGGCAGAAAUUCAACAGCCUUGACAAAAGCAUGAGUGGGUACCUCUCAGGUUUUCAAGCUAGAAAUGCUCUCCUUCAGUCAAAUCUGUCUCAAACUCAGCUAGCUACUAUUUGGACUCUGGCUGACAUUGAUGGUGAUGGACAGCUCAAAGCGGAAGAGUUUAUUCUUGCGAUGCACCUCACUGAUAUGGCCAAAGCUGGACAGCCAUUGCCAUUGACCUUACCUCCUGAGCUGGUCCCCCCUUCUUUCAGAGGAGGAAAGCAAGUUGAUUCCAUCAAUGGAACUCUGCCCUCAUACCAGAAAAUGCAUGAAGAACCGCCUCAGAAAAAAUUACCAGUGACCUUCGAGGACAAGCGGAAAGCCAACUACGAGCGGGGCAACAUGGAGCUGGAGAAGCGCCGCCAAGUCCUGCUGGAGCAGCAGCAGAGGGAGGCGGAGCGGAAAGCCCAGAAAGAGAAGGAGGAGUGGGAGCGAAAGAAGAGAGAACUGCAGGAACAAGAGUGGAAGAAGCAGCUUGAGUUAGAGAAACGCUUGGAGAAGCAGAGGGAGCUGGAGAGGCAACGAGAGGAAGAAAGGAGAAAAGAGCUUGAAAGAAGAGAGGCAGCAAAACAGGAACUGGAACGACAGCGUCGGUUAGAGUGGGAGAGGAUCCGUCGACAGGAACUUCUCAAUCAGAGGAAUAGAGAGCAGGAAGAAAUUGUCAGGUUAAAUUCUAAAAAGAACAGUCUUCAUCUUGAGUUGGAAGCACUGAAUGGCAAGCACCAGCAGAUCUCAGGCCGACUUCAAGAUGUCCGGCUCAGAAAGCAAACUCAAAAGACUGAACUGGAAGUUUUGGAUAAACAGUGCGACCUUGAGAUUAUGGAAAUCAAGCAACUCCAACAUGAUCUUCAGGAAUAUCAAAAUAAGCUUGUCUACUUGGUUCCUGAGAAGCAGUUAUUAAAUGAAAGAAUUAAAAAUAUGCAGCUUAGUAGCACACCUGAUUUAGGGAUCGGUUUACUUAAUAAAAAAUCAUCUGAAAAAGAAGAAUUAUGCCAAAGACUUAAAGAACAGUUAGAUGCUCUGGAAAAAGAAACUGCAUCUAAGCUAUCCGAAAUGGAUUCAUUUAACAGUCAACUAAAGUGUGGCAGUAUGGAUGACUCUGUUCUUCAGUGCCUUUUGUCUCUGCUAAGCUGUCUCAACAACCUCUUCCUCUUACUUAAGGAACUGAGAGAAAGUUAUAAUACACAGCAGUUAGCCCUUGAACAACUUCAUAAGAUCAAACAUGACAAGUUGAAGGAAAUGGAACGAAAAAGAUCAGAGCUAAUACAGAAAAAGAAACUCGAAGAUGAGGCUGCCAGGAUAGCAAAGCAAGGAAAAGAAAACCUAUGGAGAGAAAAUCUUAGAAAGGAGGAAGAAGAGAAACAAAAGCGACUCCAGGAAGAGAGAGCACAAGAAAAAGUUCAAGAGGAGGAGCGGAAAACUGAGGAAAAACAAUGUGUGCCAGCCAGUACUUUGGUGAAUUACAGAGCAUUAUACCGCUUUGAAGCAAGGAAUCAUGAUGAGAUGAGUUUUAAUUCUGGGGAUAUAAUACAGGUUGAUGAAAAAACAGUUGGAGAACCUGGUUGGCUUUAUGGAAGCUUUCAAGGAAAUUUUGGCUGGUUUCCAUGCAACUAUGUCGAAAAAAUGCCAUUAACUGAAAAAGCUAUGUCUCCUAAGAAGGCCUUACUUCCUCCUACAGUAUCUUUACCUGCUACCUCAACUCCCUCUGAAUCACUUUCUUCAAAUCAACCAGCACCAGUGACUGAUUAUCAGAAUGUGUCAUUUUCAAAGCUAGCUGUUAAUGCUUCAUGGCAGAAGAAAUCAGCAUUCACUCGCACUGUGUCCCCCGGGUCUGUGUCGCCUAUUCAUGGACAGGGACAGGUUGUAGAAAACCUAAAAGCACAGGCCCUUUGUUCCUGGACUGCAAAAAAAGACAACCACUUGAACUUCUCAAAGCAUGAUAUCAUUACUGUCUUGGAGCAGCAAGAAAAUUGGUGGUUUGGCGAGGUGCAUGGAGGAAGAGGAUGGUUUCCAAAAUCUUAUGUCAAAAUCAUCCCUGGGAAUGAAGGCAAGCAAAAAGAACCAGAAGCUUUGUAUGCAGCUGUAAACAAGAAACCUACCUCCACAGCCUAUACAGUUGGAGAAGAGUAUAUUGCACUUUAUCCAUAUUCAAGUGUAGAGCCUGGAGAUUUGACGUUUACUGAAGGUGAAGAGAUAUUGGUCACCCAGAAAGAUGGAGAAUGGUGGACAGGAAGUAUUGGAGCUAGAACUGGGAUUUUCCCAUCAAAUUAUGUCAAGCCAAAAGAUCAAGAGAGUUUUGGGAGUGCUAGCAAAUCUGGAACAUCGAGCAAAAAACCUGAGAUUGCUCAAGUAACGUCAGCAUAUGUGGCUUCUGGUUCUGAACAAUUGAGUCUGGCACCAGGGCAAUUGAUAUUAAUUCUGAAGAAAAAUUCAAGUGGUUGGUGGCAAGGGGAGUUGCAGGCCAGAGGGAAAAAGCGGCAGAAAGGAUGGUUUCCUGCCAGCCACGUGAAGCUUUUGGGUCCAACUAAUGAAAGAACGACACCAGCCUUUCAUCCUGUAUGUCAGGUGAUCGCUAUGUACGACUACACAGCAAAUAAUGAGGAUGAGCUGAACUUCUCCAAGGGACAACUUCUCAAUGUCUUGAACAAAGAUGACCCUGAUUGGUGGCAAGGAGAAAUCAAUGGGGUGACGGGCCUCUUUCCUUCAAACUAUGUUAAGAUGACAACAGACUCAGACCCAAGUCAGCAGUGACCCAGUGUUGUCUUCCAGUGUGAAAGCUCCCCAGAGACCCACUAUCCAAGCUUGACUGUAGCGUGGAGGCAGGGCGGAAGCCCUGGCCAAAAAUCUCCUACACAGUUCACUAACUUCCUUCGAAUGUUAGAGCCAAUGGGGAUUAUUUCUUUGUGUUUCUGAUUUACAGCUGAAAUUGAUUUGUAACAAGUUAAAGGAUAGUGGGUCUUUGUGUGGCUUUCCCUGCUGUUCACGCUGGCAUCCUUGAGCAUUUUUUUUCUUGUUUGAAUCUGGCGAUUCUAGGUCGUUUCACGCACGUUGACUGCCCUGACGUGGUGGGAGUUCAAACACACAAAGACCCACUAUUUGCCCCCAACUGUCCUGGCUGGUUUGGAAUGGGCUGCCGCUGCCAUGCUCUCUAAUGUUACCGCAAUGUGUAUAUUCAUUAACUCAGAUAAAAUCUGCUUCUGUUCUGCUGUUAUGUUUGAUCUAACCCUAAUCACAGUGAGCUCUUAAUUGGUUCAGUACGUGAUUCGCUCCCCAAAUAUGCACUGUUCAUGACUUUCUAAUAUGCCGGUACCAGUACCACUGUUUAAAACGUGUCCAAAGUGCAAGCACUAGAGACAGCUCUAUCUCUUAUUUUCUGAGGACUUUGAGUGGGAGCAAUGACACAGGGUUGGGAAGGAGGCUCUUUUCUCCUCAUGGGAAGUGCCCUGUGCAGCCACGACGGCUCCUUCCUCGGGCUCUCUGUGCUCUGAUGGCGCGAAGGAGACAUGGGCUGUGGCAGUUAGUCACUGCCGUAGUGAUGAGCUGAACACAGACUGCUCUUGAGGAAUGAAAGCCCCGAGACUUUGAGAUAGGAAACUUCCCUAGCUUAAACAACACUGAUGGCUAGGAUUUUUUUUUUUUUGAAGUCAGAAUUCACAUUACCUGUUUCAAUUUGCUUACUACAUGUCUUAGGUCACAAAGGAUGCUGGUUGGCAUUUUUCCUUACGGUAUUUAGUAAAAAUCAUAAGAACUCCUUCAAGAGUUUAGAUGUCCCUGAAGCACACUGGCCGGCUUUACCUUGUUGAGAGAGAAGAGUAGAGCAGGUAGGGUGCUUGCCUCUCCUGCAGCAGGGAACAUAGGGUCCCCUUGAGCCUGCGAAGAGUGAUCCCAAGUAGGAAGACAGGAGUAAGCCCUGAGCCCUGCCAGGUGUGCCCCCUCCCCACCAAAAAUAGAAAAGAAGAAUUUGAGGGAAAUAAAUGAUGUGAGAGCUUCAUUCCUUUAUGUUCCUGAAGCCACUUUGAGACUUGAAGAUUGGCCUUGCCUUGCCAAGUUCUCUGGUCAGUAUCUGUUGGCUAGCCCUACUUGGGCAUGGAUGUUUUCUUCUUUUCCUUCAGCAGAAAACACUUCAAAGAUAAGCAUCACUGAUAAUGUUUAUAAAUGUGAGAACUUACACAUGUGAGCAUAUUAGCUGAAACAAAGAGGCGAAUCUAGCAAACAGUAUUAAACUAGAGUUGAAAAUCAGUGAGACAUUUAUGCAAUUUAAAAUGUUUACACACUGCAGUGCAAUCUACUGUUGAUUGAUGAAUGUCAGAGUAUUAUCAGGAAAACUGUACAUACAGCCAGUCUUUCCUCACAGAGUUCUUAGAGAAGAGGGAACUUUUUUUUAUAUCUCUGAGUUUAAGUUAGAGGCAUAUUUUGUGCAAUAUUUAUGUUAUGUGCCUAUCAUUAUGAAUGAUUACAGUCGCAUAUCGCUUGAAUCAUAAUUUGACCAUGCUUGAGAAAGAAUCAGAAGUUUAGUUGGAUCUUCACAAAGUCCAGAUGUCUGUGUUCUGAAAUACCCACACCCCUUGGACCACGUGGCUCCCUGAAACAGGGAUUUCUAGUUCCUACACUGCCUCCUUUUGUAACCUUUGCCAUCCUUGUAAACUUUUAUGAAAUGUGACAUUAGUAGGACAGCAAUAACGUCACCUCACAGGUAGAGAACAGGUUUGUCUGCUGCUGCUGGGGGGACGGGUGGGACGCCACCCAGCCUGUGGGGGCUGGAUCCUGCCUUCUGUUUUCUGAACUGUCUGCUCUCGAACCCUUGGUUGAGUUCAAAAAAAGCACGAUUACUUUAAAUCCUUAGGUCAGAAAUCAGAUCACAGAUAACAGAACAAGAGAACUUGACUCACUCAACUAUAAUUUUGAACUUGAACGUGUCUACUCUACUGAUUAAAAACACAAGGCAUUUUUAUAGCUCAGAUCCUCUCACUUUGACACUGAUUGUUAAGAUCAUUAAGAAUGGCAUUCAGGUAGUGCUUAGCAGCUGUGAUCAACUUGAAAAUAAUGCAUUCAUUGGGUACCUAUGGGCUAAAUCACAUGACAUAUUUACACUGAAUGUCAGCCUGGAAAAUAAAUUUAUUGUAUUUUCUAAAAUAUGCCUCCCCUGUAGGUAUUUUGUCAUUUAUAUGAGAGAAAGCUACUAGUAAAGGAAACUGUCUGACAUAAUAAUAAUCUAAGCCCUUUUAAAAGUGCAUGCAAUCCUUUGCAGUACCUCAUUUCAGCCACGUCUUUGCUCUCUUCCUAAUUCAGUAUAAAAGGCAGCUUUCAAUUUGCUUAGGAAGGAAUAUAUGAGGAGGGGAGAGUUUGUCAGAAAUAUGGAAUUUUAGAAGGGAAUCCAAGUGAAUAAAAUUGAACCCUGUAGAAGGUAAAAAAGUACCAAUUUAUUCAAAAGUUAUAAAGCCAAAGCUGAUUUUUUUUUUAAGAAAAUUAAAAUCAACCCUAACCUUGUAUAAUUCCUAAAAUUUAAAAUGAUGGAACUGGGGCUGGCGCAGUAGUACAGCAGGUAGGGCACUUGCCUUGUACACAGCUGACCUGGGUUCGAUCCCUGGCAUCCCCUAUCGUCCCCCGAGCCCACCAAGAGUGAUCCCUGAGCACAGAGCCAGGAGUACAUCCUGAGCACCGCUGGGUGUGACGAACAGAAAAAUGAUGGAACUACUAUUUUAGUGUGUUAAAAUACAAUAUGAAUGCUGAUUGCUUAAAAUAAAGUGGGGGAAAGAAAAGUGGAGAAAGAAAUGCCAAUUUCCAGUCCAAAGCUUUAUUUGCCAAGUUUUCAUAGAAUGAAUUUUACCAAGUUAUAAAUUCUUGUAAAUAGAAACUAUAAUGGAAAUAUUAAGAGACUUUUGCCCAGAGUGGCAUUAUUGGAUGCUGCUGUGAUGCUACUGUAAUGUAAUAAAUUAUUCAAUGGUUGCAAAGUGCUGUUUUUUGCCUUAAAUUUUUAUUUUGUGUGUCUUGAAAACUAUAGUAUUAAAGAUAUUGAGAUUGUGCAAAUGCUGGGCACGCUUGGCAUGAGGUAAUCUGUUUUUAUUUUUACAAAAAUUGUAACAUAACUAUGCAAGUGUGUUUAUUAAAAGGACACAAACUACA